UCUACUUCCUGAAUAUGUUUUGUCAGUCAGCUGUUGCAGGAAACUUUUGACACAUCUUUAAUAAAAAAAUAACUUUUCAAGAAUACCCAUUAUUACAUGCAACGUAUCCAACGAGGGCAUCCGACAUUCACAGGGGACUGUAUUUCAAACUAUAAGUAAAGCCAUAAGCAUCUGACGGAAUGAGUUUGAACGAGCACUCCUUGCAGGCGCUGUCAUGGAGAAAACUUUAUUUGAGUAGAGCAAAGCUGAAAGCUACGAGUCGUACCUCUGCUCUUUUGUCAGGUUUCGCCAUGGUUGCCAUGGUGGAGGUCCAGCUGGACCCCAACCACGAGUACCCCCCUGGGCUCCUCAUCGCCUUCAGCGCCUGCACCACCAUCCUGGUGGCGGUGCACCUCUUCGCACUCAUGAUCAGCACCUGCAUCCUGCCCAACCUCGAGGCCGUCAGCAACGUCCACAACCUGAACUCGGUCAACGAAUCCCCGCACGAGCGCAUGCACCGGCACAUUGAGCUGGCCUGGGCCUUCUCCACCGUCAUCGGCACGCUGCUGUUCCUGACGGAGGUGGUGCUCCUGUGCUGGGUUAAGUUCCUGCCGCUGCGGCGCCCCGAGGACAAGGACAACGGGCAGAUCAGCCCCGGCGAGGCGGCCGCCAUAGCCUCCACGUGCAUCAUGGUGCCCUUCGGCGUGGUGUUCAUCAUGUUCGCUAUUCACUUCUACCGCACGCUGGUCAGCCACAAGACGGACCGGCAGAUCAAGGAGCUGGAGCGCGUGAUCCAGCUCCAGAACCAGCUGGACCACGGGGGCGAGGCGGCCGAUGACCUCCAGGGGUCUGUCCACUUCCCCAUGGUCUAGAGGGGGGACCCGCCCAAGACUUAGGGAUGUAGUCAUAACGAUAAGAAACGUUUUAUUCUCUACUAAAUGGGGGAUGAGAGGUGGUGUUUUUAGUUUCACUGGUUUAGAAUUUUAGCUCAGUCCACCUUGCAUGUUCAUUGCUCUCCACUUUAUAUCUCAUCGGAUCUCUGUUGUCAAGGUUAUUGUCGCUGGACUCAUAGUCGUCUGCCAUAAGGCUUAUCUGGGAACUGUUAAAGGACUGCCGUGUGAUUGUUGUUUUAUGUUUUGGAAAUGCCAUCAAGGCUUAAUUCAUAGAAGAGGUUCAAGUUAGUGUGCAGGGUCAGGGUUAGGGUAACUGCUCUUCCGGCACUGGCAGAAAGCCCUGGGAUACUUUUGAUUGGGUGAUGCUUUUGUUCAUGCAUGCUGUUUGGCGAUGUGCAUUGUUGCCACAGUUAGACUACUGUAAUCACAGAAUGCGUUGUGGUACUGUAUCUGUUACAUAACAUGUACUUUGGGUUAUUUCUUCUCCCUACUUGCAUGGAAACUGCAUGGAUAUUGCAGUUGAAGUGAGGGGCGUAUGUGAAUUUAGCCUCAGGGGUAGGGACCCAGUAUUUAUCCUUUAUUGGUGGAGAUAUUACAUCCUUUAAAGGCCGGGAUUCUCCCAUUUUGCCAAAGAGAUCUUGACUACAAAUUGCCAUGUUCCUUUUAUUCAAGUCCAGUACUUAUAAUUAGGUCAAUAUGUUGUUCUUCAACAACACAGGGCUGCCCAAGGGAUAUGGAUAUCCUAAGCUCAUUGGCCUUCCAGUCAUGCUGUACUGUAUAGGAACAUUUGUUACUGUAAAUGUCCCUUGGUGUUGCAAACAACGGCAGCUUGUUUAUAUUUUAGUGUUUUGUUAUCACGCUGCAAUGCAACAUCACAGUAACCGUGAUGUGUUAUUAGUAGGCAGCUAGAAGUGGAAUGAAUGUGGAAUUACUGCACAUUAAGGGCUGCAAUGAAUAAUUGUUUUCAUAGUCGAUUAGUUACAAAGAUAAUUUAUUAUUACAUUUAUUAAUCUAGGCACAUAUAAAUGUGAUGAAUGAUAGCCGAAGCCCACCACAAGUUACCGGAGUGUAAAUUUGCCAUCAUAAUAGAAAAACUGAAGUGUUAAUUUUAAAUUGAACCAAAUAUUUAAUUUUCUGUAGCAGUAAGCAGAACAGAUUUGAUAUUUGUAGUUAAUUACAUUCGAUUUAUCUUCUGUCGAUCGACUAAUCGAUUAAUUGCCUAAUCGUUGCAGCCCUGUUCUGUGUGUGUGUGUGUGUGUGUGUGUGUGUGUGUGUGUGUGUGUGUGUGUGUGUGUGUGUGUGUGUGUGUGUGUGUGUGUGUGUGUGUGUGUGUGUGUGUGUGUGUGUGUGUGUGUUGUUUACCCUGUUGGAUGUAAAUCAGAAUAUCUCCAUCCAAGUGUAAUACAUCCAUCUAGCUGAACUUGAUCCACUUUCUACACUGAAAACUUUCAGUGCAAUGGGUACACCUCGGCAAAGAAAGUAUAUAUUUUUAUACUCUUAAGCAGAAGGCACUUAUUUUAUUAUAUUUGUGUCAUUGAUCAUAAUAAACAAGUGUUUACAAAAUAACUUGUUUUUUAGGGCUGCUGACAUUUAAAUUGAUCAAGACAAAUGCCAAAGAACAAUUGAAUACUGUAAGGAUAGUACAAAACAUCAUUGAUUGCUUAUAAAGAAAAUAUUAAAUCAUUUUUUAAGUUUUGGUCUCUCAAGUUAUAUUUGUAUUAUCUGAAACAUCCUAAAAGACAAGUUUUUUUUCCUACUGCCUUAAUGUGUUAUUUAUUGGUUUUAGUGACAACUUAUUUUAUUAGGUGAUACACCUUUCAAGUAUUUGAAAAUAUUUGCUAUAUGUAGGCUUAUUUUAAAUGCAUGGUGUGAUAUGGUGAAUAUUUUAUAGUAAAUCGAAUUACUUCUAUGGUCCAUAUAUGGAGUAUGAUCUUUAUUUUGCAAAUGAGAGACAAUUGUGAUUAAAUAGAUUCUAUAAUUUCAUUUGGAAUGUCAUGUGGAAAACUAAAUUUCAUGGACUACAGUUUAUUGUUUUACGUUUUUCAAACUUGACAUACUGCCUCUUGGACAGCUAUUAAUACAUAAAGCUGUUUUUUCAAACCCCAUAAUUAAAAACUUGAACUAAGAGGUACUUUUGGCAGAUUGGUUGAUGAAAUAAAAUAAAACGGAUGAGUUUUGACUUUCAAACAAAACUUAACAUCGUAUUUAUGAAUACAAUGUUGAUCUCAUGACUUUGGCAUUGUCUGUCAUUGCUUUCUUUGCUAUCAAGGAUCGACCACAAAUAAAUGCUUCCAGGAAGUUUGAAGGCACAAAAUGAUAUGUUACAACAGGAAAUUGUCUCACAUGACCAAACGUCAAAAAUAGAUACAUUUGUUAUAUCCUCAGUGGGAAUAACUCGAUAAAUGUGCAUUUUAUUUCCGCCGAAUGGCCACUUUGUUUCCCUUGAAAGAAAUCCAUACAAAAACUCCUCAAGAUAAUCAUGACACAAUACUCCGUUAAAGGUCUUUCAAGCAUGAAUACGAUCAAUAAAGUUAAAGGCAGAAGAAAAGCAUUCUAAAAGGCAAACUUACAAAAAAUAUCAAUAUGGGGGUCUAGGACAUUCAAUUGACGCAAACAUUGGGGCACAGCAUGACUUUGGGGGGAGACAGAGACAUCUGGUCUCUCUAAUAAGAAUCAGGGCAUUAAGGUUUACUAAAAUAUCAGAUAAUAUACUAUAAAUCUAGCCCUACAAAUGAUGUAAUUAGUAGGUGACCUAGAGGUCAAGAACACUUUAUUGUGGGAUAGAAAACCUGGUAAACAACCUAUUCUUUGUUUUAGGUUGGAGAUCACAUUAUGUACGACUUUGUGUAUGUUUCUAUCAGGCUAGGCUCUAUCAAUAGAAUUCGAACCUGAACAUGUUGGUGACAUUGGAACUCUGCUCUUCCUAUGAAGGCAGAUUUAAUUAAUUUAAUUACAGUCCUAUUUCCAACUUGACCGUCUUAUCAAAGGUCCUUGAAGGAAUGAUCAAUUACAAACGAAAGGAGUUCCUGAGUGCUAAUAUCCUUUCAUGUACCAGUCUGGCUUUAGGAAAUACCAUCACAGCAAGAAGACCCCAAAAUGUCUGUGACAGUCUUUACAUCAACCUUUUAAAUGCCUUCGCGGCUGUUGGCUGGUUUUAUAA